GAUUCCAAGAUGUAUCAUAAGCUAAAGUUCGAGGUGGAAUACCUAACGGAUGAGCAUCUCACGGGGUUUGAGAGUUAUAAGUAUAGCUCCUUGGACACAAGUCCCCUGAGCGUGUAUGUUAUGCAUCCCUUUUGGAACAAAGUAGUACAGUAUUGUCCAAAGUGGGUUGCUCCAAAUGUACUAACUUUCUCUGGAUUCCUUUUUACCGUGCUAAACUUUAUGCUAUUUGCGAUUCAUGACUACUACUUCUAUGCGUCCAGCGAUGACAAGCCGGAAUAUCCUCCAAUAUCACGAUGGGUUUUUGCCAUGGCUGCUUUUAACAUUUUUAUGGCAUAUACGCUUGAUGGGAUAGAUGGCAAACAGGCAAGACGCACACAAACGUCCGGUCCCUUAGGGGAACUAUUUGAUCACGGUUUAGAUAGUUGGACUGCCAUGUUGAUCACAGUGUGUAUGUACUCAGUCUUCGGCAGAACAGAUCAUAGCGUCUCGCCGCUACGAAUGUACUUUAUACUGUGGAAUGUAUUCAUUAAUUUCUAUCUAAGUCAUUGGGAGAAAUAUAACACAGGUGUACUGUUUCUUCCCUGGGGAUAUGAUGCUUCCAUGCUGGCAACCGUUAUUGUAUUUACACUUACUAGCAUAGGUGGACACGAAGCCUGGAAAUUUGAAUUGCCAGGUGGUAUAUCGGCGGGAAUGAUGUUUGAAAUGUUAUUUUAUGUUAGUGCACUUGUGUCCAACUUACCAGUCGUUAUUUGGAAUAUAUACAAAUCAUACAGAGAUAAGACCGGAAAAAUGCGGACGUUUCCAGAGGCUAUACGGCCUUUAGUGCCUUUAGUUUUAUUCUUUAUAAUUUCCACAUUCUGGAUAAUGCACUCUCCAAACAAUAUUCUAGAAAAAGAUCCGAGAAUAAUAUACUUUGCCAUCGGCACUAUUUUUUCCAAUAUAUGCUGCCGAUUGAUCGUAUCACAAAUGAGUAAUACUAGAUGUGAGAUAUUACCGUGGUUACUAUUGCCAAUCGCAGUGGCCGCUGUUCUUUCAUUUAUCUUGCCAAGCAUAGAUUUGGAAAUUAUGUAUUUAGUUUCUGUAGUGGCCUUAGUGGCACAUAUUCAUUAUGGCACUUGUGUGGUACGUCAAAUGUGCCGUCAUUUCCGUAUUCAGACUUUCUCCAUAAAAGAUCAUUCCGAAUGACUACUUGCCGACGAUGCAUGCUAAGAACGAAGAGACAAAGAAAAGGUCGAUAAAAACUGACACGGAAAAGCAAGCAGGGAGAAGAGAUCUGACACACACAUAUACGAACUUUUCUUAGGAUUAAUCACGAGGCAUUAACAUUUAUGACAAAACAUCUUUCGAACAGCUAAGAAAGGGAAAUUAUUAAAUCACGUUUUUAUGAGAAUGUGUGCCAUUCACGCGAAAUACGAUAGUAAUGCUGCUCGCAGAGAUUUGAUAGCACCAUUUUAUUCUAUAUAUCUAUAAAAAAAAAAAGAAAAGUGUGUCUGCUAGAUAUUGCCUAUUUAUUUCUAUACAAUAACAAAAUUGUCCGAAAUGCGUUUGACUAUUUACUGUGAUAUACUUAUCCUUAUCACCGCUUUAUCUCCAAGAGCAGCGGUUCGUCCAUAAACAUUCUCUUCAUCAUAAUAUUCUGCUGGGCUUACAUAUAAUAUGUGUGUACAAAUACUUUUUCUUUGAAUGCUGCCGAGCUCAUUGAGCAGUGAACUAAAAAUGUACCUCUUCGUUUUCGACAUGUAUCGUCCCUCGGACGUUAUUAAUCAAUGACUAAUAAUAUUGUAUCUAGCUAUUUUUUUCUUUUUCUCUUUUUUAUUAAUGUUUGGAAAAUUAUUUAAAUUAUUGGCAAUAAAUAUAUAUAUAUAUUUUUUUUGAUUGUAAAACAUCGUGUACUUUAAGAUGCAUUUAAAAAAUAAUGUGUACGUUAAGUAAGAAAGGAUCGAAUGCGUAAUUAUAUCGAGUUUAUGUAUCGAGUGUACAUUUGCGUUAUAUAAAAUAUGUGUACAAAUUAUUAUAUGAUUAUCUUGUAUAAUUUUCAUAAAUUGUAAAAUUCUGCUACAAUGGAAUGUAGCAACUAGAACUAGUUUCUCUCUUUUCUGUUUGUCUCACAGUUGAUCGCAAUUGUAGAUACAUCACAAAGUAAUGUUUUCCAAGUGUAUGUAAAAUAAAAUUAACAUGUAUUAAAAGAAGAAAUUUAGAUGA